AUGGAGCUUUCCCCAGGCUUCCGUUUCCAUCCCACCGAUGAAGAACUCAUCACCCACUACCUCUCCAAUAAAGUUCUGAACACCAGCUUCGACGCUAUAGCCAUAGCCCAAGUCAAACUCAACAAGUGCGAGCCGUGUGACUUACCGAGUAAGAACUUGCAUUCUUCUUCUUCUUCUGUCUCCAUCUCUGCUUCUUCAAUCAUAUACAUAUUAAUAUUAUUUCGUUUGAAUUCAGAAAGGUCCAAAAUUGGCGGCGGCAAAGAAUUUUAUUUCUUUUGUGAACUGGGGCUAAAGUAUUCAACUGGCCUUCGAAGAAAUAGGGCCACUGACGCCGGAUACUGGAAAUCUACAGGAAAGGAUAAGGAGAUCCGAAGGGAAAAUAUACUUCUUGGAAUGAAAAAGACACUGGUCUUUUACAAAGGCAGAGCUCCCAAAGGAGAGAGGACAGAGUGGGUAAUGCACGAGUAUAGAUUGGAAGACAGCUACGAUAAGUGGAUUCUAUGCAGGGUGUUCGAGAAAGGCUUGCCGGGAAAAGAAAAGAAAGCUUUUGGGCUGGCAAAUAUUGAAGAAGAGAUGGCUCGGAGAGUUCCUCUGCCGCCAUUAAUGGAUGCCCAGGGGCUCGAACGUGUGCCUCCCGGGAGGAGCGAGCUCAACUUUGAUAAUUAA